CUGCGGCGCCUCUACGCCUACUUCCGCCGCGCGGACAAGGACGACAGCGACUGGAUCUCCGUGCUCGAGUUCCUCAUGUUCUUCGACGUCGAGCGCUCCGUCUUCGCCGUCAAGGCCUUCACGUCCAUGGACGCCGACGGCGACCAGCGCAUCGACUUUUCCGAGUUCGUCCGC